AUGAGGGCACCACUGCAGACCAUGAUGUGCCUGGGGUUGUGGGCAGCUGCCUUGCUCUGCUUGUUUUCCCCCGGCACUGUGCGAGGUGACUGCUGGCUGAUCGAGGGGGACAAAGGUUAUGUGUGGCUGGCCAUCUGCAGCCAGAACCAGCCCCCAUACGAGACCAUCCCCCAGCACAUCAACAGCACGGUGCAUGACUUGCGUCUGAACGAGAAUAAGCUCAAAGUGGUGCUGUACUCCUCCCUCAACCGCUUCGGCAACCUGACCGACCUGAACCUGACCAAGAACGAGAUCUCCUAUAUUGAGGAUGGGGCUUUCAUGGGCCAGACAAACCUCCAGGUCUUGCAGCUGGGCUACAACAAACUCACAAAUCUGACAGAGGGCAUGUUGAGGGGCAUGGCCCGGCUCCAGUUCCUAUUCGUGCAGCACAACCUGAUAGAGCUGGUCACCCCUACUGCCUUCUCUGAGUGCCCCAGCCUGAUUAGCAUUGACCUGUCGUCGAACCGUCUCAGCCGCCUGGAAGGCAACACUUUCACCAGCUUGAGCAAUCUGAUGGUGUGUGAGCUGGCGGGCAACCCCUUCAACUGUGACUGUAGCCUCUACAGCUUUCUUAACUGGCUGGCUCUCUUCAACAACGUCACCAAGAACUAUGACCGGCUCCAGUGUGAGACGCCGCGGGAGUUUGCCGGGUACCCGCUCCUGGUACCUCGGCCUCACCACAACCGCAAUGCCAUCACCAUCUUCCAGUCCAUGUGCAGAGGUGGCACCAUCCCCUCCCUCUCCAGGGUUAACCCCACCCCUUAUACCCCCGACUCCCAGAGAGACUUGGAUGAGGGCUCAGCCAUCAGCCCUGGGGACUUCCUCUCCGUCAAGCCUCCAGCCUCCUCCACCACUGACUCCUCCUUCAGUCCCAGCAUCAAGCUCCACGAUGUCACCAUCACCUCAGCCAUCCUGAUGGUAACCAUCCCCAUGCCCUACAGUAAGAUGUAUGUGCUGGUCCAAUACAACAACAGCUACGUUUCUGACAUUGCGACACUGAAGAGCAAGAAGGAAUAUGUCACUGUCAACAAGUUGAAGGCCCACACUGAUUACACUUUCUGUGUGGCCUCCAUCCGCAACAACAGGCGCUACAACCACACUUGCCUGACCUUUGCAACCAGGAGCAAAGGCAGGGAGGAUCCCAUUUCCAGUACUUCCACCACCACACACUAUAUCAUGACCACCCUGGGUUGCCUCUUUGGGAUGGUCAUUGUCCUGGGGGUGGUGUACUACUGCCUGCGGAAGCGGAGGAUGCAGGAAGAGAAACAGAAGUCCCUCAAUGUCAAAAAGACCAUCCUGGAAAUGCGUUAUGGGUCAGAUAUUGAUACCAGUACCAUGGUCCAUCCUUCCCAGAAACUGGGUGAGCCACCAGUGAUCCCUGUCUCACGGAUGUCCUCCAUCCCUUCCAUGAUUGGGGAGAAGUUGCCCCCACCAAAGUCAAUGGAGGCUGGUAUGGAGACCCCCAAAGUCACCACUAAAGGCAACUACAUUGAGGUGCGGACUGGUGGUGGGGAUGGUCUGGAACGGACCCAGCGGGAUGAGGACCUGAGGGAGCUUGACAAUGGGCAAGGCUCAGCUGCUGAGAUCUCUACUAUUGCCAAGGAGGUAGACAAGGUCAACCAGAUCAUCAACAACUGUAUUGAUGCCCUCAAGCUGGACACGGCCUCUUUCUUGGGUGGUGGGACUGGCGUAGACUCAGACAUGGCCUUUGAGUGCCAGUCCAUACCUGCCAGUUCCUCGGGUGGGCUAGAGCGACCCAGCUUUCUUUCCCCACCCUACAAGGAAAGUUCCCACCACCCUUUGCAGCGCCAGCUCAGUGCUGAUGCUGCCGUGGCCAGAAAGACCUGCAGCGUCUCCUCCAGUGGCUCCAUCAAGAGCGCCAAGGUCUUCAGCCUGGAUGUGCCUGACCACCCACCACUGAGCAAGUCUGACUCCAAAUACAUUGAGAAGGGCAGCCCACUCAACAGCCCUUUAGAUCGUCUUCCCUUGGUGUCCCCGGGCACCAUCCACCACUUGGAGGUCAAGCCUUCGUACCACUGCAGUGAGCACCGACACUCCUUCCCGGCCCUGUACUACGAGGAAAGUGCUGACACCUUGAGCCAGCGCGUGUCGUUCCUCAAGCCACUCUCCCGCUCCAAGCGAGACUCCACGUAUUCCCAGCUCUCCCCCAGACACUACUUCUCGGGUUACUCCUCCAGCCCUGAGUACUCAUCGGAGAGCACCCACAAGAUCUGGGAGCGAUUCCGGCCUUACAAGAAGCACCACAGGGAGGAGGUUUACAUGGCGGCUGGGCAUGCCCUGCGGAAGAAAGUUCAGUUUGCCAAGGACGAGGAUCUGCAUGACAUCCUGGAUUACUGGAAAGGAGUCUCUGCUCAGCAGAAGCUGUGA